AUGGUUGCCGAGACCAUUCAGCGAGAGAUGACGAGGCUUGCAAACUACACGGCAGAUACGCAACUCGAUACUCUUGGCUCAUUUCAGGCAUAUCUUAUCUACUCCAUCAUUGCUGUCUUUUUUCCGGCACAAGGAAGCCCUCCAUUCGGCAGUGAAAAGAUGGAGACUCUGCAAGAGAUGGCCUUUCGAACCGUACAGGCUGGGUUGCUCUCCCGAGCCGAGGCUGCUCAGACCCGGCCGACAUGGGAGUCUUGGAUUAUUGCCGCAACCAAACGCCGGGCCAUUUUCGCAUUUUACCUGCUCAGUAGCGUGUACAAUGCAAGUAUCUGCACUCCUAAUUUCCUCGCGGAGGAAUUGCGUGAGGUGUACAUGCCUGAUGCGAAACGUCUUUGGGAGGCGAGGACUCGCGACGAGUGGGAGCGGGAAUAUAGCGAGUACCUGUCUGGAUGGAAGGACGGACAGCUAAAGGUGUCGGAGCUGUGGCGAUCGGCAGAGACCGGGUCGACGGUUCGGCGUGAAAGAAUAGAUCGAUGGUUGCAGGGGGCAGACGAAUUCGGCAUGAUGUUGUUUGCUGUGCUCGGUCUUAUGACGGGAUUUAUGCAGAUACUGAAUCCGUACUGCAUUCGACGUGGAUCCGGCGAGGCCGUUGAAGCCGUCGAAACGCAAACGCUGCUCCAGCAAGUCAUGCAGCACAUAGAUGCAGCGACAUAUCAGGCCUACAUCAACCAACGUGUGCAGUGUGACACGGUGGCGGCGUUCCUUGGUCGACCCUCCAAUAAGGCUUUGCUGGAAGCAGCAGGCCACAUGAGCCGUUCUGUCGAUCCUCGAGCACCAACACAGGCGAGCACCGUAAAGUUGAACGUAAUCGAGACGGAUACAACGCUGGCCAAGUUGAUUGAGCUGCGAGAUUCUUUGAGCUCGGAGGUGCGCCGAGAAUCUGGGACUAUUAAAAGCGCCGAAUCUACAGGAACUAAGUUAUAUCAAAUGUACCGCACUGUGGAAAGCAAGGUACGAUCGACUCGAGCGUGCUUACGAAAACUUGCCAAAACCGCCACGCUUUUUGAUACAAUCAGCGCAACCGAAAUUAACGCACAGCUGCGCAAUGAUGCCAACUUGGAUGCUGGAGACUGGCAGCCGCAAAUGAUCAUGGUUUAUCCGAGCGUCGAAUGCUUGCGGAGCUGA